CCGGAAUAUUUUCUCCUUCAACCGACAAACCCCCCACGCUCUGUCAUUUGCUUAAACCCUAAGCUUACUCCCCUAUAAAAACCCUAAUUUUUGCAAUCAAAUCGAUCAACACAGUACCGCGUAAUCACAUACAGCAUAACCAAAUUUCAAAACAAGCCAUGGCAUCCCAUAAGCAGAAACAUUCUCUCUACCCUGAAGUCAUUCAGUCCAACCCAGAAUCAACUUCUCCAUUUCUCUCAAACCCUAAUCAAAACCCAUCUUCUUCAUCAUUAUACCCUUCUGUUGACAUCGAACAUCUCGCAGAAAAUCUCUUCCCAGACACCCAGGACGAAGUUGACCAACAAAACCCUAGUCUUAGGCAGUCUGGUCAGCCAAUGGCUUUCGAAUCAUCCGAAGAAGUUCUUAUCAAAAUCCCAGGAGCCAUAGUCCACCUCAUCGACAGACAACAAAGCAUCCAACUCGCAAGCGGUGAUUUCGCGAUCGUUUGUCUCCGGCAAAACGGCAACGUCGUGGCGGUUCUCGCCCGUGUCGGAGACGAAAUUCAGUGGCCGUUGGCGAAAGACGAGGCUGCCGUAAAACUCGACGAGUCCCAUUAUUUCUUUUCUCUUCGCGUCCCCUCCGAGACCAAGCCUGAUGUUGAUGAUAGGGUGAGUAAUAGUGUCACCAUCGAGUCUGAGAACUUGGUGAAUUAUGGAUUGACAAUUGCGUCCAAGGGUCAAGACAGCUUGUUAAAGAAAUUGGAUGGGAUUUUGGAGAAAUAUAGUGCCUUUUCGGUACAGAAGGUGUCAGAGGCGGUGGAUGGGAAUAUGAUAGUGGCGAAGGGGGUAUCGCCGGCGGAGAUGGUUAACAAGAGGGAGGACAUGGAGCGGAAUUCGGUGGCGUAUUGGACGACGUUGGCACCGAAUGUGGAGGAUUACAGUGGUUCUGUUGCGAGGAUGAUUGCGGCCGGAUCGGGGCAGGUGAUCAAGGGGAUUUUGUGGUGUGGGGAUGUAACUGUGGAUAGGUUGAGGUGGGGGAAUGAGUUCUUGAAGAAGAGGAUUGGACAGGGUUCGAAUUCGAAUGUCAGUCCUGAGGCAUUGAAGAGGAUGAAAAGGGUUAAGAUGAUGACAAAGAUGUCGGAGAAAGUGGCAACUGGAAUUCUCUCGGGGGUUGUUAAAGUCUCUGGAUUCUUCACAAGUCCAAUUGUGAACUCCCAAGUCGGCCAGAAGUUCUUCAGCCUUCUCCCUGGGGAAAUAGUUCUUGCUUCCCUGGAAGGAUUUAACAAGGUUUUUGAUGCUGUUGAACUAGCUGGAGGGAAUGUCAUGUCAACGUCUUCGGUUGUGACCACUGGACUUGUUUCACAGAGGUAUGGGGAACAAGCAGCAGAGGUGACACACGAUGGGUUUGGUGCUGCAGGGCAUGCCAUAGGGACUGCUUGGGCCGUCUUCAAGAUAAGAAAGGCGCUCAAUCCAAAGACUCUUAUUAAACCUACAACUCUUGCAAAAGCUGCUGUUAAAGCAAAUUCUGCUAAAUUAAAGGCUAAACAGAAGAAAUGAUCGCACAAGUCGGCCAUUGUUUAAAAUGUUUCGAGGGGAAAAAAAACUUACGGAUGCUUCAUCCAUAGUAUAUGUAAAUGUUCGGUCUUGCUUCGUCUGAAUUUCAAUGGAAUUCCACUUUCAAUCCUAGAUUGCCUAAGCUAGUUAUUAUAUGGUGCAAAUUAAGCAGUUGGGAAAAGAUUUCAUAUUAUUUGAGGGGAACAUGAAACUGAUAAAAUGGAAGUAUCGUCUUCAUAUUCUACAAGCUGUAUUGAAAGUUAUUAGAAUGUACCAAAAGAACAGGGUUCUUAGAAUUGGAAUCCCUUUGAUCUGCAUAAAAACGUAGACUUUCAUCCGACCAAAAUAUUAUUUGUACUGGUAAUGUAUAGAAGAAGAGUGGCGUGAAGCUAAUUUUGAGUUUUAUAAUAAUAGUACAUUGAAAAGGAUGAAUAAUAUUUCUCGGAAGACUGGUGUUCUUCGGUGGCUGCAGUUGUUACUGAUGUAGAACUGACGUGCAUGGUUUUUCUUAAAUAUUAAACACGUACUCUUAUGGUUGGUGAUCUGCCUCUCUGCAGUGGCUUCCGUCAAUAAGAAGUUUUGAAGGGCUUGUAAGUCUUGAGAUCCAGUACAACACCAGCCACAGAACCGACAGCCGCCGCAAUGGAGAUAAACAGGCAAACCAUGCUUAGAAUCUGAAGUCCAAGCCACCGGCUUGUCCAUCGUCCGAUCUUCUUCUGAGCAAUAUACAUCUCUGUAGGGAAGUACACUGUAAGUGGCCAAAAUCCAAAGGCUCCAAGGAUCCCAACAACGUCGUUGAAGAAAGGCAUGAGCAUGGCUAUGAGAGUUGUCAGAGCCACAAAAAUGGUCCUCCACACUAAACGGAAGAAAUUUAUUUGGUAAACGCCACAGAAUGGGAUUGGUAUGUCAUAUUCUGCAGUCACAAAGUCACUCUUUGACCACCUCUUUGCACUCCAUUUCUCCACGAAUGCAAACAAGGGCUGGCAAUAGA